AUGCCUCCAGCGCCACAGGCGAAUCUAGUCGCGAAUCUAGUCGCUCACGACCCAACGUUUGAGGAGUACCUGAAAUGGCUCGCGGCAGGAAAACCCGCCGAAGAUCCUCCGGCGCCUAGCAACCAGGCGGUCGACCAAGGAGCAGAGGCAGGGCACGUAGCGGCGGCGACUGCUGGGCCGGGCGUUGCAACGGAGGGGACGGCUUUGUGGGGAACGUCGGACUUGGACGAUGGGGUGGACCCCGAAAUCCUCGCCGGGAUCGUGAUGCCGGACCCUGAAAUCGAGGUCAUGCGGGAGAAACUCGCAGCGGCAGCGGCUCCCACCGUGGAAGCGCAACAGCGUGCACCAGCCGCCUCGUCUGCACCUGCCUUCACCUCCGCGACUGGCGCCAAAUCCCCCCCGGCCGGAACCGGUGAGGUCGGCGACGGGAAGCAAAAGCGCAAGGGCAAGGCGAAGGCCGGCUCUUCCAAGGGGACGGCCAACGCGGCCCCGCAGGGUCGGAAGGGUUCAGGCGUCCGCGUUGACAAGGAUACGGGGCUGGUUGUGGCGGAGAUGAAGUUUGGCAGAAAGAGCCGUUACAUUUGCCGCUCUUUUGACAAGACGGAGGCCGCAUACUGCAGCGCGGUCGCCGUGUCCGCUUUCGAUGGCUACGUGAGGGACGUGAUUCUCGACGAGUUCGCUGGUGUCGAGGACGAUGUGAUGAAGGAGUAUAGGUUACAAGAGUUGGUCAAGGAGUACAACAGGUUGAGCAACGGCAAGGCCGCUCUCUCGGUGGCUCUUUGUCCGGCGCUGUGGCUCCGCGAACUUCUGGAGUCGACCAAGCCCGAGAAGCUCGCGAAGACCAAGAUGGCGGCCGACAUGAUCACACGCGCUGCGUUGUGUGCCGCAUUCGCACCUGGUGCCGCGAAAGUCACGCCCGUCCCGGACGUCGAGUUGGAGCGGUUACCCGAGAUCCUCACCGGGACAUCGUGCGCGGUGUGGUGCUUUUCGGAGACCAAUGCCACUUUGCGCGGAGCGUCCGAGGAGUUCACGCAUCGUUGUAAGAGCGUCAUCGAGGUGGUGCUUCAACGUGCGUCGUCCCGGACGCCCUCCGCAGCGGAGGUCGCCGACACGGUGACGAAGGUCCUGCAAGAGGAUGUGCUGCGCUCGCUGCCUGAGGACUGGGACGAGAAGGACCACGACGAGGUGAUCGCCCAUGUCAUGAUUGAGAACCUCGCCUUCUGGGGGACUGCGUUGUCGGCGGCCCUAAACUCAAAGCUCGCGGCGUCGUUUUGCCUAUUGACGCCGGGAUGA